AUGGUGACCCUCGUGCCCCCUUCUUUGAGGGGUGUUCCCCCUCCCCUCUUUUGCCCUCUGAUGCCUCUGCUGCUGUCGUCGACUUCGUUGGCACUGAGUCGGUCGGCGCUGCGUCUGCCCCUAGCAGGAGACGCCGCACCGGCAAGGGCAAGGGGGGCAAAGGCGCUGGAGGGGCUGGCAGGGACGGUGGAGGUGGCGGUGGAGGCGGCGGAGGGAGUGGGGGUGGCGAUGGGAGUGGUGGCGGGGGUGGGGGCUUCGGUUGCGGCGGCGGCGGUGGCGGUGGGAGCUGAGGAGGAGGCGGUGGUGGCGGCGGCGGAGGUGGAGCUGGUCGGGGUGGCUUUGCGCAGCGGGGCGGCUUUGGUGGUGGUCAGCGCCAGCAGCAGCAGCGCGCUCGUGAGACCCCGCCCCCCCAGCAGCUUCGUGAGUGGUACCCUGUCCGGGGUUGCUAUCUUUGAUCUAGAUUAUGAUACUAUUCUUGCUGCUAUGUAUGUUGUGUCUACUAGUGAUGAGGGUGACUGUUACCUGUGUGUUCCGCCUGACCCGGGCAUUGAGGCUGCUGCUCUAGGUGCUGGUGAGGCUGCUGCUCUAGGUGCUAGUGCGUCUGCUGCCCCAGGUGCUGGUGAGUCUGCUCUCUCAGAUACCACAUCGGCUCAGGCCUUAGACACCUUCACCCUUGACUCGGGUGCUUCCCGCUCCUUCUUUCGAGACCGCACCAUGCUUACGCCGCUUAGUCGGCCAGUUGCGGUCUCCCUGGCGGACCCCUCUGGGGGUCCUGUCCUUGCCCACUUCUCCACUGUCUUACCGUGUCCGGCGGCCCCCUCUGGCACCCUGUCAGGUCUCUACCUCCCGUCGUUCUCUACGAACUUGGUGAGUGGUGCUGAUCUACAGGAUUGGGGGGUUGACCAGUUCACUUGUGCGAGUCAGCGGGUGACCCACUGUACGUGUGCUCGGACGGGCCGACACUUGGCCACCUUUACCAGUCAGCCGGGGUCGAGCCUGUACACACUGACUACCGAGUCUCCUCCGGUUGCUAGGUCUGGUCAAGUAGCUGCGUCGGGUCAGGUGUUUGCUGCAGCGUCCAGGUCUGGUCUUGAGUCUGCUCCCUGCUCGUGUCGUCUCUUAUCCCACGAGACUCUCCUCUGGCACCACCGCCUUGGUCACCCCUCCCUGCCUCGUCUCCGAGGCAUGGCCUCCCGCUACCUUCUCUCUGGUCUCCCCCGGUCCCUCCCUCCCCUCCCUCCGGGGCCUGCCCCUACCUGCGUCCCCUGCGUCGAGGGGCGGCAGCGCGCCGCCCCUCACUCCUCCGAGUUUCCUCCGACAGAGGCUCCGCUGCAGACUCUUCACAUGGACGUGUGGGGCCCCGCCCGCGUCCGUGGCCAAGGUCACGAGCGUUACUUCCUUUUGGUGGUUGACGACUACUCGCGUUACACCACGGUGUUUCCCUUGCGCAGCAAGGGUGACGUCACUGAGGUGUUGAUCGACUGGAUCCGCGCAACUCGUCUCCAUCUCAGAGAGAGUUUCGGCUCGGACUUUCCUGUUCUGCGUCUGCACUCUAAGAGAGGCGGGGAGUUUUCCUCUGCCCUUCUGGGAGCCUUCUGUCGUGCACAGGGCAUCCGCCAGACCUUCACGCUGUUGGGUACUCGCACAAUGUGCGCUUCGGCAUAA